AUGAAUUUCGAGGGUGCACAGCGACCCUACUAUCAGUGUGCGGCCUUUGCGCCGCUGCCCCGGCGGGAAGGCGUUUUCGCCCCGCGGGCGCGCCGGCUUCGGGAGCGCCAGGGACGCUCCUCCCCCUGGAAAAGCCCCUCAGGGCAGCCGAGCAGCACAACAACGACACGUGUGCGCAGCGGCGCCUUCGUGUGCGCGGGGCGGGUUUUAAUACAGGAGGCCGAAAGCCCGCCCCGCCCGCGGCCUGCUCGGGUCAGCCCUGAGUGCCGGCGGUGCCGUUGCCAACGCGGCGGGAGGAAAACGUCCCCUCCCUCGGGGCGGGGCGGACGCAACCACAUCGGGCAGGGCAGGGCAGGGCAGGGCAGGGCGAGUCGAGGGACGGGGUGGGCGCGGGCUUGGCCCGGCCGACAGAGCAGGGCGUGGGCGCUGGAGGCAGCCCGCCCGCGCCCUCCUCCCUCGCCGCCUGGGCCCGGCUGCACGCGGGGCCGAGCCGCGGGGGUGGGCAGCCGGCCUCGGCGCCCCGCCGCCCGAGCGGCUCCGUCUGUCGGCUUACCGGCGCCGCCGCCCGAAGGCUUCCCGGAGGAGGCAGGUCGCCGCCGCUCACCUUGGCGAGGCUGGAAGGCGGAGAGCAGCGCGGGCGCCCGCCUCUGCCUCUGCCUCUGCCGCUGGCCCUGCCCCGGUCAGCUGACGGCAGCGCCGCCCGGGCCGCCGCCUGCCCGGAACUUCGCGCCCUCGCGCCUGGGCUGGGGCUCCCGGGCGCGCCUCCUGGCGCUGGGGUGGGGCCUGCGGGGCUGGCGGGCGCCUGGCCCAGAGAAGCCGAGGCUGCGGCGCCCGGGGAGCCGCGCACAGCGGCCAAACAGGGCCGGCGCUGCAGUCCCGCGGCCGCCGGGGUUUGCCCUGGCCGGCGAAGGGCCCGCGAGUCCUUGCGCGCCGCUCGGCGCCUUGGCGCGUCCGCGCUGCCUUGAGGGCGUCUCGCCUGGCGGGGCUUGUCCCAGGUUGUCGCGCUCCGGUGGGGAAGGCGGCGCCGCAGAGCCCCGGGCAGAGGGCCGCCUUCCCACUCCAGGGGCCUGCGGCAAGUUCCGGGCGGGACGUUCCUGGUCCCCAGCCUGCCGGGUCGGCUCACGGAACCGCCUCUCAAGCCGCCGCGCGGGCCCCGGCUCUGGUGGCCUUUGGGAAGGUCGGACAAGUUCAGGGAGGAAAAAGCAGCGCGGGAGAGGCCCGGAGCCUCCGCGCCUUAGGGCGGCCUGCCCCCGAACCCCAAUCGCUGCGGGGGGGGGGGGGAGGUCCGAGCACGAGGAGGGCGGCUGCCGGUUUCCUUUUGCACGCACAGUUGUUUCCCGAGGCCUGGGGAGGAGCAAGAAACGGUGCCGGUUGAACGGUUCCAUCCAGUGGGGAGGCGUCUUAGCCUGUCAUGGCGGAACAACGUUUGAACCCUUUUCAGGAUAUACCCAAAUGCCUGGUGAAAUAUCUUCGAGAAGUGAAUCAUAGAAACAGAGAGGCAGAAGGGAUCCCACAUGUCUUCUAGUCCAACUCUCUGCACAAUGCAGGAAAUAUACAGCUACCUCUCCCCCAGUGACCUCUGCUCUAUGCCCGGAGGAAGGCCUCCAGGAUCCCUGGCAAAUCUGGCCUGGAAGAAAAUUCCUUCCUGACCCCAAAGUGGCGAUGGACAUUACCCAAGGCAUGUAAGAAGGGGCCACGAGAGCCAAGUACCUGCUCAUCCCUUCAUGCCCUCCUUCUCUUGAUCUGCAUAUGUUCAUACUGACUCACAGAAUCAGCAUUGCUGUCAGGUGGCCAUUUAGCCUCUGUUUGUAAAACCUCCAAAGAAGGAGAGGCCACCACCUCCUGAGGAAGCCUGUUCCGCUGAGGGACCGCCCUGGCUGUCAGGAAGGUUUUUUUUGGUUCUGGUUUGACCUUCUGGGACAACAGAAACAACUCCAUCCUUUAUGUGACAGCCCUUCAAAUACUUGAAGAGGGCUAUCGUAUCACCUCUCAGUCACCUCCUCUCCAGGCUAAACAUGCCCAGCUCCUUCAGCCUUUCCUCAUAAGACUUGGUCUCCAGACUCCUCAUCACCAUCUCCUCUGAACACGUCCCAGCUUGUCAACAUCCUUUUAAAGUGUGGUGCCCCAAACGGAACAUGGUACUCCAAGUGAGGUCUAACCAGAGCAGAGUAAUCCACAGCUUUUGAGUAAAAAUAAAUCUGUCCAAUGGAGGACCACGUCAUACAGCUGAUGAAGUGAGCUCCAACUCAGUAGAGUUUCUGCUGGAGUAGAUUUUGUUAGUCUUGAAGGUGCCACGGGACGCCUGCUCCAUUGAGCGGAGCUGGGCAGGGAUGAGGUGCUGCCCUGGGUGGCAGCUUUUGGGUGUCAUGAGAAGCAGCAGACAGGCAGAAAGACAAAUAUGACCCACAGGCACUAUCCAUUAAGAAAUGUGUGGCACACGCGCCACUGAAAUCAACCGGAGCUGGACAACAACGCUCCCUCGGCAGUGACUUAGUUGACACAGGCACAACUACUUGCUGGAGAUCUGGAUGUUGCUGAGUUAGCCUCCAUAGGACUUUUUAAAAAUUGCUAGCCUGAAGCCGUGUUUAGACAGUCCUUGGAGUGCCACCCUUUGACAAUGCUUGAAUGUUUUUGCAAGGUACCACUGGACUACCUAUGGUGCUUGCUACGUCUCAUGAGCCUCAGAAAGGAGGGCAGAUGAUGAUGAUGAUAAUGUGCUUAUAUACUGCCCUUCUUGACAGAUUGCUCCACUCAGAGCAGUGCACAAAGUCAGUGUUACGAUUAUCCCCGUGAUACAGCUGGGGAGCUGGGCUGAGAGGAGGGGCUUCCCCAAGGCCACCUGCUGAACUCAUGGCAGGAGAGGGAUUCGAACCAGCAGAAGGCUGACUUGUAGCCCAGCCAAUCGACCACUGUGCUACAGCAGCUUUCAGUUCAGGUUAGGAGAGGAGAAAGAGCUAUUAUGCCAGGGAAAAAGGCACCAGAUACCAGCACCUGGAUCAGCUGCUCGAAGUGGGUGGCGAAAUCAAAAAGAGUCCAGUAGCACCUUUAAGAUUAUGAUUCUUGAAAGCUUAUGCUACAAUAAAAUUGGUGCUACUGGACUCUUUUUGAUUUCGCUACUGCAGGCUAACACGGCUAACUCCUCUGGAUCUAUGACCAUGGAAAGCACCGAAGUGGGUGGGAUUCAGGAAAGAGAAAAUGGGUUCGAUGAGAGAGGAGGAAGUGGACUGCAGGCGAGGGGCAGGAGGGGAUAAGCCAGAUUGAGGGCAGGCCAGGUAGGUGAGGGGGAAAGACAGCAGCCGUAAGCCGCUAUGGGUCCCCACUGUCAAGAAAGGUUGAUUAACUGCAGUGCCACACCGGCCCUCCUUAUCCAUGUAGGCCCUUGCUCUGUGGAGUCUUCCGUCUGCAGUCACCAGCCCUGAUCUGCCUUACUUGAGGAAGCCUUUCCAGGUGCCCCUUUCAAAAGGGCUGAUGCGGAGAUGCUGCAGUCGCUGCCCUUCUUCAGCUGUCCGUCCCCUGCUCUGGCCAGAAGCCUCCCAGCGAGGCUGGAGAGGUCUCUGCUCAAAUGCACGUGCUUGGAAAUGCUGCAGCCUGCCAAUUUUGUUGCUGCUGCGGCUGGGGAGAUUCCCUCUGAAUUGUUGAUUAAGUAUCAGAAAACUUGUCUGUUUCCUCCUGACCAAAAGACAACAACCCCGCUUGCUUUCUCCACCCCCCCCCCCCCC